AUGGAUGGGGAAGAAGUUUGGGAUGGAGAAGAAGUUAAGGAGGGAGAAAUGAUCAUGGAUGGAGAAGAAGUUAAGGAAGGAGAAGAAAUUAGGGAUGAUGAGGAAGAAUGUAAGGAUGGAGAAGAAGAAGUUAUGGACAGAGAAGAUGUUAAGGAAGGAGAAGAAACUAAGGAAGGAGAAGAAGUUAGGGAUGAAGAAGAAGUUGGGGAUGGAGAAGAAGUUUGGGAUGGAGGAGAAGAAGCAGAAGAAGUUAAGGAAGAAGAAGUUUUGGAUGGAGAAGAUGUUAUAGAUAAAGAAGAAAGUAUGGAUGGGGGAGAAGUUUGGGAUGGAGAAGAAUCUACUAUGUAUGGAGAAGAAAUGAAGGAAGAAGAAGUUAAGGAAGGAGAAGAACUUUUGGAUGGAUAG